CACCCACCCAUCCCACCCUAGAAUGGCCAGGCCAUGGUGGGCACCCAUCCAUCCCACCCUAGAGUGGCCAGGCCAUGGUGGCCACCCACCCAUCCCACCCUAGAAUGGCCAGGCCAUGGUGGGCACCCAUCCAUCCCACCCUGAGAGUGACCAGGCCAUGGUGGGCACCCAUCCAUCCCACCCUAGAGUGGCCAGGCCAUGGUGGGCACCCACCCAUCCCACCCUAGAAUGGCCAGGCCAUGGUGGGCACCCAUCCAUCCCACCCUAGAGUGGCCAGGCCAUGGUGGGCACCCAUCCAUCCCACCCUAGAGUGGCCAGGCCAUGGUGGGCACCCAUCCCACCCCAUGAGGAAUUGCCAAAGGGUGAGGACAGGACGCAGAAUGGCUUCAGACUGACCCAGGGCAGGGCUGGAUGGGAUAUUGGGAAUUGUUCCCUGGCAGGGUGGGCAGUGCCUGGAGAGCUGAAGGGAUGGACAGAAUGAUCGCUGCCACCCAAGCAUGAUUAACCCCUUGUGCCCCUCCUGGCCAGCGCAGCAGCGAUGUCCGAGGCCCCCCCCAGCAAGGAGGCUGCCCCGGCCGAGUGCCCCGUGUGCUACGAGCGGUUCCAGCCCCUGGAGGCCACGCAGCGCCGCCUCAGCUGCGGCCACACCUUCUGCCACGACUGCCUGGUGAAGUGCCUGCUGUCGGCCAAGCUGGGCGGGCACGUCCAGAGCAGCAUCGUGUGCCCCGUGUGCCGCUUCGUCACCUUCCUCAGCAGGAGGAAGGUUCUGUGGCUGCCCAGGGCCACCGACCCCUGCGUGCUGCAGGUGCCCCUGGCACAGCUGGCCAGGAGCGAGGCCACCAACACCCUGGAGGUGCCACUGUCCCCAUCUUCCCUGGCACACCUGUCUAAGAGUGAGCCCAGCCACACCCUGGAGGUAUCCCUGUCCCCAUCCUCCCUGUCCCAGCUGUCCAAGAACGAGUCCCCCAACACACUGGAGGUGUCCCUGUCCCCAUCCUCCCUGUCCCAGCGGGCCAGGACUGAGCCUCCCAACACGCUGGAGGUGCCACUGUCCCCAUCCUUCCUGUCCCAGCUGGCCAAGAACGAAUCCCCCAACACUCUGGUGGUGGCCCUGGCACAGCUGUCCAAGAGCGAGGCCACCAACACCCUGGAGGUGCCCCUGUCCCCAUCCUCCCUGUCCCAGCUGUCCAAGAGCGAGGCCACCAACACCCUGGAGGUGCCCCUGUCCCCAUCCUCCCUGUCCCAGCUGUCCAAGAGCGAGGCCACCAACACCCUGGAGGUGUCCUUGUCCCCAUCCUCCCUGUCCCAGCUGUCCAAGAGUGAGACCAGCAGCACCCUGGAGGUGUCCCUGUCCCCAUCCUCCCUGUCCCAGCUGUCCAAGAGUGAGGCCAGCAGCACCCUGGAGGUGUCCCUGUCCCCAUCCUCCCUGUCCCAGCUGGCCAGGAGCGAGCCCCCCAACACUCUGGUGGUCCCCAGUCACUUCGUGCUGCCGGAGCAGAGCGUGGGGCGGGUUCCCCCCGGGGCAGGGCUGGCACGGGAGGCUCACAUCUUUGUCAUCAGCGAGCACGGCAUGCCGCUGCUGGCCGCCCAGCGCUGCGGAUCGGGGCUGCCCGGGGGCACCGGCGGGGACACGGCCAGCACAGGCUCGGUGUCGGUGUCAUCCAGCCCCGCGCUGGGGCUGCAGUGCUGCCAGUCCCCCAUGGCCCUGGCCGUGAUGCUGGUGCUGACCGUGGCCAUGCUGGCCGCCGUGCUGCCCUGGCUGCUGCUGGUCAGGAGGGAUCUGUAGCACGGCUGGGACACCGCGGAGGUGUCGCUGGGGCGGGGGACACAGCCGGGAUGGAGCCUGAGAGCUCCUGGAGAAAGCCCGGGCUGGAUUCCCUCUCUGAGAGCUCCUGGAGAAAGCCCGGGAUGGAGCCUGAGAGCUCCUGGAGAAAGCCUGGGAUGGAGCCUGAGAGCUCCUGGAGAAAGCCUGGGAUGGAGCCUGAGAGCUCCUGGAGAAAGCCUGGGAUGGAUUCCCUCUCUGAGAGCUCCUGGAGAAAGCCUGGGAUGGAUUCCCUCUCUGAGAGCUCCUGGAGAAAGCCUGGGAUGGAUUCCCUCUCUGAGAGCUCCAGGAGAAAGCCUGGGAUGGAUUCCCUCUCUGAGAGCUCCUGGAGAGAACCCGGGAUGGAUUCCCUCUCUGAGAGCUCCUGGAGAGAGCCCAGAAGCAGCCCUGGGUGCAGCUCCUCUCUCACCUGCCCAGGGACUGAACAGACCCUCAGACCUUCCUGCACACCUCCAGCUGCUCCCAGUGUCACUGCUGGCCCUUUCUGUCCCUUCUGGUUAAGAUAUGGCAGCCAAAGCCUGCUGUGGCUCCUGCAGGGUGUCUGUCUGUGCAGAGGAGCCUCCUGCACCCCAUGGCAGCACCUGCAGGGUGAGGGGCUGUGCUGCUCCUGCCCAGCUCAGCACCCUGGCACCGGGCACAGCCACAGGCUCUGGGGCCAGAGCUUCCAGGCUGCGGGGCUCUGGGGGUCCCCAGGCUCCAGGGACAUCAGGAACAUUGUGAUGGAGCCAGCCUGGAGCAGGAACUCAGCUUCCACCCUUGGGAUGGAGGAACCAGAGCCUGCAGCUGCUGGGCAUGAGGGCAGGGAAACCAGAGGAUGGAGAGAGCAAUGCUGGCCCUGCUGAGCUCCCCUUCCCCCUGCCAGCCUCCCUGCAGGGCUGUGGGGUGGGAGGGGAGCACUUGUCCCCAGCCCAGUCUGUACCUUCAUCACCUUUGUCCUCCUGACCCAGUCCCUGGC